AUGCCCCCUCCGCCAGAUCUGUCCCAUUACAUCCUCCCGGACUCCGAGUCCAAGAAAAUCUUUACCACAAAGAUCCUCCCCACCGACCUCCCACAAUCUCUCACCCCGCACCCCACCCGGUCUCGGCCCCUCGCCGUGCUCAUAGUCGGCCAGACAGGCGCCGGCAAGACCCGCACAGCGCCCGCCGUUCUCAAUGCUAUGAGCCGCAUCCAUCCACCGGUGCACCUCAUUGCCGACGUCUACAAGGCCUACCACCCUUCUUACGUCACUCUCCUUGAUUCCGCCAACCCCGCUCAUGCAUCGCCCGCCACAGGCCCUGACGCGCGCAAGUGGCUCGCUAUGGCCGCCGCCGAGGCCAUCGUCCGCAAGCUCGAUGUCCUCCUCGAGAGCGCGUGCCGCCACCCGGAUGACUUCCGCGAGCUGGCCCGCAUGUUCGGCGAGGCUGGAUAUCGUGUCGAGGUCGUUGUGAUGGCUGUGCCCGCGGCAUUAAGCAGGUUAGGCAUCCUGCACCGCUUUUACGAGAGGUUGCCAGAGGCGGGGAGCGGGGCCUUGCCCAUUCGGCUCACACCUGUGAAAGUCCAUGAAGAUUCUUAUAGGGGCCUCAUGAGCGUGGCAGAGUGGAUUGAUGGAGUGAACUACGCUGACAGGGUUCUGGUCGUAAGGAGAGGCAACAUGGUUGCAUUUGCAGAUGAGAGAGGAGAAGAUGGCAAAUUGCAGGGCAAGGUUGCUGAAGGGGUGAGGAAAGAGCGAGAGCGACCAUUGACUGAAGAAGAAAGGAGCGUCGCCGUGAGGGACUUAGAAAGGUUAGCGGCACGCGACGCAAACCUAGCACAGCAGGUCACGGUGUUGCUCGAACCUUUGUUGAAGGAAGAAGAUCAUUCAUAUCCAGAAUUGCGUCCGCUGGUUUUCCAGCCCCAUGGUCCGAGAGAAGCUUUGCUUACGCUAGGCGAAGCAUGA